AUGGAAGCGUAUAUCGAUGACAUGCUAGUGAAGUCUUUAGUUGCUGACCAACAUCUUGAACAUCUUCAACAGGCAUUUGAUCUAUUGAUCAAGUAUAAUAUGAAGUUGAAUCCUGCCAAGUGCUUAUUUGGAGUGGCAUCUGGAAAGUUUCUAGGGGUAGCAGUAAGUGCAGUUUUGAUCAGGGAAGAAGAUAAGAAGCAGUUGUUGGUUUACUAUGUGAGUAAGAGUUUACUGGAUGCAGAGACCCGAGGCAGUGGCUUGGGAAUUGUUCUGAUUUCCCCAGAAGGGAGUGUGAUUCAACGGGCAGCUAGAUGUGGUUUCCAUGCAACCAAUAAUGAAGCAGAGUAUGAAGCUCUGAUCAUUGGUCUGACGUUGGCUAAGGAACUCAAAGUAACAAGUUUGAAGGUUCACUCGGAUUCACAGCUGAUAGUGAAUCAGUUUCUUGCUUCCUUCCAGGCCAAAGAUCUCACGAUGACUUGUUAUUUGGAGCUGGUGAAAGAAUUGCAACUGGCGUUCGUAGAGUUUUAUAUAACUCAAAUUCCACUUGCGGAGAAUUCAUAUGCAGAUGCACUAGCCAAUCUUGGGUGA